AUGGAAACUCAUAAUGCUAAGAACAUCACUGAAUUCAUCCUAAUCGGCUUCCCGACACGUCCAGAGUUGCAGCAUGUUCUUUUUGCAGUGUUCCUAAUAAUAUAUCUUUUAACUGUCAUGGAAAAUGUGGUCAUCAUCAUAACUAUUAAAUGUAAUGUAAAACUCCAUAAGCCCAUGUACUAUCUUCUAGCUAGCCUGUCCUUCUUAGAAAUCUGGUAUGUUACCAUUACUGUCCCCAAUCUUCUAAACAACUUCUUGACUCAGAACAAUAAGAUCUCUUUCUUUGCCUGCAUGCUUCAAUUGUAUAUUUUUAUAUCAUUGGCCUGUACUGAAUGUGUGCUUUUAGCAGCUAUGGCAUUUGACAGAUACAUUGCUAUAUGUUUCCCUCUACUCUAUCCAGUCAUCAUGAACAACACCUUCUGUUUGCAGUUGACCAUUGGCACCUGGGUACUGGGAUUCUCCACUGCCCUGAUUAAAGCUAUUUUUAUUUUUAGGUUGAAUUUUUGUGGCCCCAAUGUCAUCAACCACUUUUUUUGUGAUAUUUCUCCAGUGCUAAACUUAGCUUGCACAGACAUGUCUUUUACGGAGUUGGUUGAUUUCAUCCUCGCUAUGGUAAUUAUUAUGAUUCCUCUUGUAAUGAUAAUCAUAACCUACAUAUGCAUUCUCUGGGCAGUAGUCACAAUACCUAAUAACAUGGGGCGUCAAAAGGCCUUUUCUACCUGUGCAUCCCAUUUAACUGUUGUUAUCAUAUUUUAUACAGCAACACUGUUCAUAUACGCCAGGCCUAAAAGGGCUAGCCCAUAUAAUAGGAAUAAACUGGUCACUCUUUUGUAUUCUAUUUUGACGCCAUUUCUAAACCCAAUCAUUUAUUGCCUAAGAAAUGAAGAAGUGAAACAGACAAUAAAGAAAUCUUUAAAUGGUGGCAGGUGU